CUCCUCCAGGCGUCCCGACAAGUCUGGACUGUUCUGCUCCUGCUUGUGUUCAACUCUCCUCGAACAAGGCGGCAGCCUCGGGAAUCAGAAACUGUUUUUUUUUUUUCACGUUGCUGACUGUCGCCUGCAGGGAUGCAGCGAUCAGAGCUGGGUCGCUGAGCUGGCUGGCUGGUGGUGGCGGCGCGUUCCUGCUCCGUGAAGUUGUGACACUGUGAAACUCUGCCACCGGUCGUCUGUGGAUAUCACUGCUGCGUGAAAACACCCCCCCACCGCACCGUGGGCUCGGGCUGGAUGUGCCACAGGUGGACAGCGGCGGGCUGUGGGCCGGCGCACAGAGCAGAAAUCCCCAGGCCGUGAAGAUGUGGAGCUGGGUCUUCACUGCUGCUGUCCUGCUGUCCUCCAUCACACUUGCUGACGCUCAGGGCAGGUGUAAUAACGUGCAGGCAGCAGACAUCGUGUUCCUGAUUGAUGGGUCCUCCAGUAUCGGCCGCGCAAACUUCCUGCAGGUGAAGGGCUUCAUGGCUGGAAUCGUAAAGCCUUUUGCCAGCUUUGUCAGCGAGUCGGGGAUCCGGUUUGGGGCCGUGCAGUACAGCGAUACCUCCAGGGUGGAGUUCGCCUUUAACACACACCUGACAGGCACUGAUGUUGUCAACGCGGUGCAGAAUAUGAACUACAAAGGUGGAAACACACUCACUGGAGCUGGUCUAAAGUAUGUUUCUGAUAACUUCUUCAACCCAGCCUCCGUCCGCGACGUCCCAAAGGUCACCAUUCUGAUCACUGAUGGGAAGUCACAAGACCAAGUGCAGGAACCGGCUCAGAAGCUGCGGAGUCAGGGAGUGAUUGUUUUUGCAGUUGGAAUCAAGAGUGCAGACAGGAACGAACUGGCUCAGGUUUCCUCAAAACCCAGCAGUGAUUUCACCUCGUUUGUUGGGGACUUCAAGCUGCUGAAUACGCUUCUUCCUCUUGUUAGCCCUGGAGUGUGCUCGGCAGCAGGGGGAGUCUAUGCAAGCGACGAGGCCUUUUCUGGUCCGUCUAAUCUUCAGUUCACGGCACAAACGACUGAUUCUCUCCGGUUUCGGUGGAGUCCUGCAGGAGGACCCGUGAGCGGCUAUGCCAUCCAGUAUGUGCCGCUCUCCGGUCUGGGUCAGCCAAUCAUUGCAGAACUGCGCCAGGAAUCAGUCACGGCCAGUCAGAGGACUUUCACUGCACAAGAUCUGAGGUCAGGAACAGAUUACCUGGUGACUGUCAUCGCCCAGUACCCCAACAGUGUUGGAGAGUCUGUUUCUGCAAAGCAGCGAACCAGGUCACUACCAGGAGUGUCCAGCCUUCGCUUGGUCCAGGCGGGCUACUUCUCCCUCUCCAUCGAAUGGGAUCAGCCUUCAACUCCUGUGCAGGGCUACAGGCUCACCUAUGGGCCACGAGGACAACCAGCGGCCCAGCUGCUGGAGCAGUCUCUGCCUGCAGACGCCUCCUCUGUCACCUUGGAGUCUCUUCAGCCCGACACAGAGUAUGUCAUCAACUUGUACCCUCUGUUCUCCAGAAACGGUGCAUCCCCAUCCGUCCUCAACGCUCGCACUUUGAGCCUGGAGGCUGUGCAGCAGUUAACAGUGGAGACGGUGUCUGAGGGCAGCAUCCGUGUCAAAUGGAGACGAGUCAGUGGUGCACAAGCAUACCGUUUGGUAUGGGGACCAUUCACAGGUCGUAGCGUGGAGACUGUGGAGGUUGCUGGUGACACUGAGCUCUAUACUUUGUCCAGCUUGCAGUCGGAUACUGAGUACAUUGUCACCAUCAUCCCGCUGUAUGAGGGCAACACUGAGGGGCCCCGAGCCACAGCCAGAUUCAAGAUAGAACGUCAAGAACAGCAGGUUCUCAGAGCAGUGACCACAGGACCCUCCUCAAUCCGCCUCAACUGGAGACCGAUCCGGUCCGCUCAAGGCUACCGCCUGGAGUGGAGAGCGGGAGAAGGAAGUCCUCUCCAGAGCCUGUCCUUUCCCCGAAUCACCACCAGCUACGAGCUAACAGGUCUCCGACCAAACACUGAGUACAUCUUCAAGCUGUACACGCUGUAUGAAGGCCGUGAAGAAGCCACGCCUGUCUCCACUGAAAACAUAGAUGAGCAGCCAAUAGGAAGCGUGUCCAACCUGAGAGUGGUGGAGUCACUGGGCAGCACAGUUCGAAUUGGGUGGACAGGCGUGGCGGGGGCCACCCAGUACCGGAUUGUUAUCUUAAACAGCGAAGAUGGAACAGAGUCGAUCCAAGUUAUUCCCGGAAAUCAGACGACCCUUGACCUCAGAGAUCUGACAGUGGGGGUGUCAUACGGCGUCAGUGUCACUGCGCUGGUGAGGACGAACGAAGGAGAAACCGUCACCGUCUUCAUCAAACCAGAGCUUGCUGCAGGCAGAGUGACCAAUCUCAGAGCAACAAAUGCAAACAGCCGGAGAAUUCGCAUCGCUUGGCAAGGUGUCACUGGUGCAACAGGAUAUAGAGUCACUUGGAGGCAAGGCAACAUCGCAGAGCAGUCUCGUCUUCUGGGAGCAGAGUCUACUUUUUACACAAUAGAUGGCCUGCAGCCGGAUGAGGGUGUGGUAAUCGGUGUCGCCCCCAUCGUUAAUCAGCGUGUUGGCGAAGUCAUCACUUUGUCUUCAAGGACAAAUCCCUCUACUGGAGCGUUGUCUGGGCUUCGUGCCACUGAGGUUUUGUCACAGAGGAUACGCAUUACGUGGUCAUCCUUUUCUCGAGCUACUGGGUACAAGAUCGUUUGGAGCCAUGAAGAUGGAACUGAAACAACACAAACCGUAGCUGCUGAUGUCUCCUCCUACACCAUAGACGGCCUUCGACCUAACUCGGCUUACACUGUGCAGGUUUCUGCUCUCGUUGGCUCUCGAGAAGGAAGUCCAGCUGUCCUCAGCGUUAGAACAGAAUCCGAUCAGUCGGUUGUGGGAACUGUGACGUCGCUUAAAGUCCAGGAAGCCCGAGGGGAAGCGGUGCGGGUCUCCUGGGUCGGUGUGCAGGGAGCAACAGCUUAUCGCAUCAUUUGGAGAAGAGUCGACGGUGGGGAAGAGCGGAGCCAGCUGGUGGGCCGGGAUGUGAGUUCCAUGGAUCUGGACCAGCUCGACCCUGGAGUUCAGUACGAGGUUCAGGUCAUCGCUUUAGUUGAAAACAGGGAAGGGUCGCCCGUUUCCGUCAGAGUCACCACACCUGGUUAUGUCACCCCAGCCCCCACACUACCAACCACAACUUUACGAGCGACCGAGGUUAACGCGGACUCUGUGCGGCUGGGCUGGGCUCUCCUUAAAGGCGCCACAGGAUAUAUUCUUCGCUGGAAAGAGGAGACAGAUGUCGGCCGGGGCCUGUCCGUCACGCUGCCUGUGUCGUCCAGCUCGUACCUGGUGACCGGGCUGCGUUUGGGCCGCAGAUACAGAUUCACCAUCCAGCCCACCUUCGCAGGCAGAGUUUCACCUGAGACUUUUGUAGAUGAACGCACCGUGUGUCUGGGUGGACGUCUUGACGUGGUGUUUCUUGUGCCGACGUCCACCGAUCGGUCUGACCUGGUGAGACCUCUGCAGGACAUUGUCACCAGUGCAGCAGGGUCGCUCGCAGCUAUUGGGCCCCAAGACUCGCAGGUUGGGGUGGUCGUGUACAGCUUUAGACCCAAAAUCUGGUUCCUGCUCAAUCGUCAUUCGAGAUUCGACACGCUGCUCCAAGAGAUCCAGUCUACACCCUUUGAUGAAAGCCCAGGGAAUAACAUUGGUGAGGCGGUGACGUUCACCCGGCAGUACCUGCUGACCCCUUCAGCUGGACGGAGACCCAGGGUGCCCGGGGCGGUCGUGAUCAUUGCUGACAGAAAGUCUGUGGACAACCUGACCCUCGCAGCCAGCGGUCUGAGAGAUGCAGGUGUGACCGUGCUAGCUGUGGGAAUAGGCCAAGCCGACACAGAGGAGCUGCGGCGGGCUGUGACGGACCGAAGCCCACAGAACGUCCUGUACGCCGGUAACGCAGAACGACUCAACACUCUGCACCCUGAUCUGGCCGACUUGCUUUGUGGAAUUGCCAGAAUCCCAGAGGUCACUCCAGGUACAGAGCAGUGUACUGUACAGUGUCCUCGGGGUGAGAAGGGAGAGCGUGGUGAGACGGGUGCAAGAGGCAGAGAUGGUGCAGAUGGACGCAAGGGCGAGCCUGGUCGUGAUGGUUUGCCUGGGAGGGAAGGUCCGAGAGGUCCUGAAGGACGUCCAGGAACACCAGGACCAUCGAGUCCUAUUGACCCUUCUGAGCGGAUAAAAGGGGAGAAGGGGGAGAGGGGCUUUCCUGGAGUGGAUGGAAAUCCAGGAUUACCAGGAAGACCAGGAGCUCCUGGAAAUGCAGGUGUUCCGGGCUCCCAGGGUCUCCCCGGGGUCAGAGGAAGCCCAGGCGAACCAGGAGGACAAGGCACGCUGGGGUCAAAGGGUGAUAAAGGCGAAAGGGGUGAGCCGGGUUCCUCUGUGCCUGGUGGGGGUCUUCCAGGGAGGAAGGGAGAGCCAGGCAUCCCAGGAAUACCAGGUAAUCCAGGUCGACCAGGUAGCGACGGAGCCAAGGGAGACCCCGGAGUUCCAGGCCGGUCGGGUCAGGACGGUCGCCCAGGAAUCCCAGGAACGCCGGGACUUUCCAUUAAGGGAGAUAAGGGCAGCCAAGGAGAAAGGGGACCUCCGGGAGUGGGAAGCGGCGUGGCCGUGAAGGGUGAAAAGGGCUCCCCUGGCAUCUCGGGAACGCCUGGCGGCCUGGGCCCGAGGGGCCCGGCAGGGCCACAGGGCAGCAGAGGAGAAAAGGGCGAAGACGGUGCCGGCCUACCUGGACCUCCAGGAAAGCAAGGAGAGACCGGGGACAGGGGUCCCCGCGGGCCUGCAGGUGAGAUCGGCAGCAAGGGAGACCGAGGACAGCCAGGCGAGCCUGGGACACGGGGAGACAGGGGGGAGCGAGGGCCUUCUGGGGAGACCGGAGAGAAAGGAGACCCAGGGAAGGCAGGCGUCCCGGGAUCACCAGGCCUGAGAGGUUUACCAGGCCCAAGUGGACCAGCAGGAGAGAAGGGGACUGAAGGAGCACGAGGGGAGCCGGGCAGGAGUACGGCAGGUUUACCAGGGAAGAAAGGAGAACAGGGUGAAAGAGGUCUGUCUGGAUCUGAAGGCCUGAGGGGGGAGAAGGGGGAACCGGGACAAAGAGGAGAGAAAGGUUCUCCAGGUUCUGGAGGGUCAGGUGUUCUUGGACCUAAAGGAGAGCCAGGAGAGCGAGGACUUGCAGGUCUUAAUGGGCGACCAGGAGCCAAGGGAGACCCAGGAGAAGCAGGUGAGAGGGGAGAGAACGGACGCCCAGGAAUCCCAGGAAAACCCGGCCUGCCUGGAAAACAGGGAGAGAAAGGUGAUAAAGGUGACGAAGGCACACCCGGAGAAUCCGGACUUCCAGGAAAACAAGGAGAAAGAGGUUUGCGGGGACUGCCGGGUCAGGCCGGGCGGCCAGGAGAGAAAGGAGACCUGGGAGAUCCGGGAGAGCAGGGAAGAAAUGGCAGCCCUGGACCCGCUGGCCCGAGAGGAGAGAAAGGAGAGCUGGGACCUCAAGGGCCUGCAGGACCACCGGGGAAAGUGGCUGACAUCCAGGGUCAGCUGAAAGGAGAGCGAGGGGAGAAGGGUGACGCCGGUGACCCCGGAGAGCAUGGCGGCAAAGGUCAGAAAGGGGAAGCGGGGACUCCUGGAGCUCCAGGCCUGCGAGGUCCGGAGGGACCAAGGGGGCCGGCAGGGAUAAAAGGUGACACAGGAGAAAGAGGAUCGCCCGGAGAGAAGGGAGACAGAGGAGCGUCUGGCUUAGAUGGGCGUCCUGGUCUGGAUGGUAAACCAGGCUCUCCGGGACCACCCGGAUCAAGGGGUGAUCCUGGGAAGCAAGGCGACGCUGGAAGAGACGGAUUACCAGGAUUAAGAGGAGAGCAAGGUGCCCCUGGUCCGGUUGGUCCUCCAGGAAAUCCAGGAAUACCCGGUAAAGCAGGUGAAGACGGAAAACCUGGUCCUGUGGGCAAAAUGGGCGAGGAUGGAGUGCCAGGUGAAGACGGGAGAAAGGGUGACAAAGGAGACGCCGGAGCAGCUGGAAGAGAUGGCCGCGAUGGGCAGAAAGGGGAUCGUGGUCCCGCUGGGCCCUCCGGCCCCUCUGGACCGCAGGGGCCUGUCGGCUUACCUGGGCAGGUUGUUUAUGUAAAAGGUGUUGAGGCUGCGCCCAUCCCAGGUCUGCAGGGGCCUCCAGGAACACCGGGUGUGCCUGGGAUUCCAGGAGCGGUGGGAGCCAGAGGUGAGCGAGGUCCAGCAGGACCUAAAGGAGAUGCUGGAGACCCAGGAGAGGAUGGGGCUCCUGGUAAACCCGGGACAGCAGCGGAUGUGCAAAAAGCUCUGUCCGGCCUCGGGAUACUGGUGUCGGAUCUGAAGGAGCUUGUGGACAUGAAGGACACAGUGAUGCCUACUGCUGUUGAGAAGGGCGACAAAGGAGACAGAGGGGAGCCUGGGUUGAGAGGACCAUCUGGAGCAGAUGGCGUUCGAGGUUUUCAAGGAGAUAGGGGACCGAAAGGGGACCAAGGGGAGCGAGGGCCCACAGGACAAACGGGGCCUCCGGGAAGAGCUGUUUUAGAACGAGGACCAGAGGGUCCCGCAGGACCUGCCGGGGAGCCUGGGAAGCCGGGAAUACCGGGCGUUCCAGGGAGAGCAGGGGAACUCGGAGAGGCUGGGAGGCCAGGAGAAAAGGGAGAGCGAGGGGAGAAAGGUGACAAAGGCGAAGCUGGCCUAAUUGGAUUAACAGGACCAGCUGGCCCUCCAGGUCAAAAGGGAGAUUCGAUUUUGGCUCCCGGCCUCCGAGGCCUUCCUGGAGUGAAGGGAGAGCCUGGUGCUGCAGGACCAUUAGGACCCAAAGGAGAGAAAGGUUUUGUGGGACCUAGAGGUGAUAAAGGAGACAGAGGAGAUCCUGGAGAUAAAGGACGCGAAGGUUCAAUGGGCGCCCCAGGGGAACCUGGAAAACCUGGACAGGAUGGGAAACCAGGCUUUCCUGGGUUCCCAGGAGUUCUAGGCAGACCGGGAAACCCAGGAGAGCCUGGCAUGAGGGGACCAACUGGACCCAUGGGUCCUGCUGGUAACCCAGGUCCGCCAGGUGUAAAGGGUAAUCAAGGAGAAGCAGGUGUUGGUGUCCAGGGUCCUCCCGGUGCUCAAGGGAGCACAGGUCUGCCUGGACCACCGGGCCCACCAGGAGCCGUCGGUCCGCAGGGCCCCCCAGGACUGCCAGGGCAGGUGGGUGAAGCGGGGAAGCCUGGUGUUCCUGGAAGAGACGGGGUUCCUGGUAAAGAAGGACUGCCUGGGUUACCCGGAAAGCAGGGUAUUGCAGGACCUCCAGGGCUGGCUGGCUUCAAGGGGGAGCAGGGAGACAGUGGUCCUCCUGGGAAGGCUGUGGCUGGACCUGCUGGUCCUAAAGGAGACCGGGGUCCUCCGGGUGCGACGCUGCCCGGUACGACUGGAGAGCGAGGCCCAGCUGGAGAGAAGGGCAACAAGGGAGACAAAGGCCCCGCUGGCAUCAAAGGAGAGAGUGGAGUGGCUGGUGAGCAAGGAGAGCAAGGAGAGGAUGGAGCACCGGGAUCACCAGGGCCUAAAGGAGAUAAGGGAGAGAAGGGCCUUGGACAGCCAGGUCCACUCGGUCGAGUCGGGCCUCAGGGUUUAAAGGGUGAUCCGGGGCUUCCUGGUCCAGCUGGCCCACCGGGCCCCCAAGGGAAGGCUGGAGAUCCCGGACUGCCUGGUAUAAGAGGAGAAAAUGGACAACCAGGGCCUCCUGGACCCCCAGGAGAAAGGGGCCUCCAGGGAUUUGCUGGCCGUGCAGGAAACCCUGGACCUCCUGGUCCUUCUGGGCCUGCAGGGCAGCCAGGCUCUGCUGGUACUAAUGGAGUCAAAGGUGACAAGGGGGACAUCGGUGUUGGAGUCCCUGGUCCAAGAGGGGAGAGAGGAGAUUCAGGACCCAGAGGGGAGGAGGGCCGAGCCGGCUUGGACGGGGACAGAGGACCAGCGGGCCCAUCAGGGAUUAGAGGUCUUCGAGGAGAAAAGGGAGACGGCGGACUCCCGGGUGAGAAAGGAGAUAAGGGCGACACGGUGCUGGUGGGAGGACCACCUGGAGAAAAGGGCAACAAAGGAGAAACGGGUGACAGAGGAGUCAAAGGCGCUCAAGGAGAAAAAGGAACGAAAGGUCAAGAGGGUCCAUCGGGAGAGCAGGGUCUAAGAGGAGAACCCGGAGAGCGAGGGUCCACUGGUUUCCCAGGGGCCAGAGGCCCCGGUGGACAGAAGGGAGAGGCAGGCGAUCCUGGAGUGCCUGGCGAAUCGGGUUUACCUGGAAAAGACGGCCUGGCAGGCCGUAGAGGGGACAAGGGAGAAGUUGGUGUCAGUGGACUGAGAGGAAUCAAGGGCGACCGUGGACCCAAGGGGGCUUGUGGAUCUGAUGGACCCAAAGGAGAAAAGGGGGAUUCAGGCGUUCAUGGACGAUCAGGCUUACCAGGAAGGAAAGGUGAACAGGGGGACGUCGGACCUGCUGGGGCGCCUGGCACGCCUGGAAAAGAAGGACUAGUUGGUCCCAAGGGAGACAGAGGUUUUGACGGGGUCGCUGGACCCAAAGGAGCUCAAGGGGAGAAAGGUGAAAGGGGAGCGUCUGGUAUCCCUGGUCCUCCUGGUCCCAGAGGGGCUGACGGGCCCCCCGGCUUGACUGGCCCACAAGGACUGGCUGGUGCUAAAGGCCCUGAAGGACUCCAAGGACAGAAGGGGGAGAGAGGCCCAGUUGGUCCUGCCAUGGUGGGACCUCGGGGCAUCCCAGGAAUCCCUGGCGAGCGAGGAGAGCCGGGAGACAUGGGACCAGAUGGAGCCAAGGGAGACAGAGGAGAGCCGGGCAUGACGGAGGAUGAGAUCAGAGAGUACGUUCGCGCUGAGAUGAAACAGCACUGUGCGUGUGGAGGUUCAGGCCCUGACACUCGGUCCCAGCCCACACUCAGGGCUCGACCUACGACAGAGCAAGAACUGGUACUGAACGGUGAGAAGGGCCGGGAGCUGCGUGUGGUGGUAAACACCAACGACCCCGAAUACGAGCACAUCUACUCCAUCGAGGCCCUGGACGGCCCCAUGGACGACAUGCUCUACUUCUCCACAGAGUCUGCCAAUCUCACUGAAGGCGAGGAUUUUAAAACAAAAGCUGCCAAAGCCGAUUCGAGCAAAUCAAGCGGCGCUGCCGGGGCUCACAAAACAGCCGCCAGUCAGAAACAAGCAGAAGUCCCACCUCUGGCCGCAGACAAGUCCAGAUCAGUCAGGCCCAAGAGGGCUGUGCAACAGGAAGGUCCGACAGACCUCUGUCUGCUGCCCAUGGACGAGGGCAGCUGUCAGAAGUACACUCUGCGUUGGUAUUUUAACAGCCAGGUUCGAGCCUGCAGGCCUUUCAUCUACAGCGGCUGCAAAGGAAACGACAACCGCUUCCUUCACCUGGAGGAGUGUGAGCAGGCCUGCCUCCGGGAGACCGAAGAUUCUCAACCCGUACAGACGACACGGUGAUUGUGGCUACCUUCUCCUCCACCACAAGAAUGUUUUUAAAGCUCAUUAUGUUUCAGAUGUCAGUAGGUCUUUGUUUAUUUAUUGCCUCUUUACACCCAGUGGGACUUUACACUGUUUUUCAAAGGGCCGCGUUUCUUCCAAGUGGAUAUUUAGCGAAACAGAAUCAUUUUUUCAGUAUAAUAUCAAAUCCUUAUUUGUCAUUCUGACACCGAAAAUGUGUCUUUGUCAAUUUUUAAGACUUCACCACCGCAGAGCUAGUUCUCUCAAUUAAACAUUGCCGCCGCAUUAAGGUGUUUUGGGACCGUCAGUUCACGUACUUCACUGCCAGUAAGACUAAUAGGUGCAAAUUAAGCAAGGACAAAGGCAAACAACUCAGCUCUCCUUACAGACUAGAGAUUAACAAGACAAAGUUUUACAAGUAAUUUAAGUUUGUUGAUUUUCUUUUUUUUCCCCCAUGUCUUCAUUAUCUUUUAAUUCACUUUUGGACCAGUGGAUUCUGGUCUUUGUGGCCCUGACACUGUUUCACUUUUUUUUUUUUUACCUUUCAAAAGUAUUCACAUCCCUUUGAACAUUUUGCACAUUUUGUCAUGUUUAA